CUGUCCACUCCUCCCCUCCUACUUUCCCUUCCCCCGUCGCUCGCCUCCUUUCUUUAUAGCGCGCCAAGAAUCAAUCCACUCCCCUCCUUCCUCCUCCCUCCCGAGCCUUCCCGAGCACUCCUGAGAUCAGAUCGAAGGAAGAAGAAGAAGGAGAAGGCAAGGGAGGAUCAGCGGAUGGCGGACUGGGGCCCGGUGGUGGUGGGGGUGGUGCUCUUCAUCCUGCUCACGCCGGGGCUGCUGUUCGAGAUGCCGGGGUCGCACCACCGCGUCGACUUCGGCGGCCUCCACACCAACGGCAAGGCCAUCUUCGUCCACACCAUCCUCUUCUUCGCCGCCUUCACCAUCCUCACCCUCGCCCUCCACAUCCACAUCUACGCCGGCUAGAUUCAUGUACAUACUACUGUACUUCAACUAGCUAGCUAUACUUGUGUGCAUGUAAUGGGUCCGUGCUCGCCAGAUCUGUACUGCUGCUUGCUAUCAGUUGAAGAAGCGUAUUGAAGCUGCUGCGCUCUGUCUGUUUGUUUA